GGGGGUCACCUCUCUCUGCAUCAGACUGUAUAUUGUGAUUUGUUUACGCUAAUUAUCAAACAUAUAGCUUUAAAUGUGCGCUUAAAUUUUAAUCAAUAUACCUAUGCAGUAAACAUAAUAUAUCUAAACCCCUUAUGAUUAUAAUAGAUUGUUCAUAUUAUCUUAAUUAUAAAUAAAUAAAUAUUAUAGGACAUUAUUACACAAAUUGACUAAGUCCCACAGUAAGCUCAAUAAGGCUUGUGUUGAGGGUACUUAGACAACGAUAUAUAUAAUAUUUAAAUAUUUAUAAAUACUUAAAUACAUAGAAAACAUCCAUGACUCAAGAACAAAUAUCCAUGCUCAUCACACGAAUAAAUGCCCUUACCAGGAUUUGAACCCGGGACCAUCAGCUUCGUAGGCAGGGUCACUACCCACUAGGCCAAACCGGUCGUCAAAUUAACAAUGUAAUGAUUUUGAUUAAACUAUUAUACUUUAGGUACUAUGAAAACAUAAAACUGUGAAAUUAGGAAAUGGAUAAUAACCUAAAGUACUUACACAAUUGAAAAUUACUUAUUUAAGUUUGUAAAUUUGUGGUAAGUUUACAUUGUGAUUGCGGGGCCACUUUUUUUGUUUUUUUGACAAUAUUUUUCCUUUAAAUUUUCAUAUAAUUUGGUGUAUACAUAGAGUUCCCUAUUCUGUAUAACCUCUAAGCCAAUUUCAACCUAUUUCCAUAAUUCCCAAACAAUCUUCCUCUGAAUUACAAAAACGAAUUUUUGUGUAGUUGGGAACAAAUUGGGAUUUCUUAUGACUCCACCGAGAAUGAGGUCUUCAGAUUAGCCAAAUUGUAUCCAAAAAUCCAAAUCCAGCGAAAAAUAACCGCUUCUCGAUAUUUUUUGCAUCAAAUUCCAAAUUUAAACUUAUCGCGCCCUAUUUCAUUUCGGUGACCAUAGAGUUGUUUCCAUCUACAAAUUUUAGGGCAGAAUUGUAUCCCAAUAAAUUCUUUUGGAUUAUAAGAACAUGUUAAACUACUUUUAGGGGACCUGUAAUGACCAUAUUUUUGUAAAUAUUGAAUUUAAAAUACCUUUUGGCACACGUCACGUGACCAAACUCGAAACGUCAUUGAAGAUUCUGAUGACGUCACAACUCUCGGAUUGACACUGUUGACAGUUAGGCGAUAAACAACAAAUGACAAAUGUCAGUUGACAAUUCGUAUCUUCUACGUGCGUAUGUAGUUAUGUGUCAAACCGUAAACUGUGACGUCACAAAAUUUUCAAACAGCGUUUUGGGCGCGAAAGCAUCUGUCAAAAUAUAUUUUGUUAAUUUAACAUAUUUAAGUUUUUGGUAUAAAAGUUGAAUUUUAGGGCAACUUUUAGUUAAUAUAGAACGUAAUACGGGCGUUUCAAAAAAUUGGAAUCAACCCUAUUGACACCUGCUGGGUGGAACGUGGAAAAAAACUCCCAAUGAAAACAAUGAAAAUGUACACAUCUUUUUUUUUCUUGUAAAAAAAAUACAUUUUUUAUGUUUUCAUUGGGCCGUUUUGGGCUCAGAAUCACAAUGUAAACUUCAAUAGGUAAGAAAGAAAAACAUGAAAUCAUUUGCAUUGGGAAUUCUUUUACUUUUACUGCUCUGGAUAAUCCAACUCACGAACAGUACUGACCAAUCCUGGCAGGAAAUAUUGGAAAUGGAGAAAAUGGGAUCUAGAAGAAAGAACAAACCGUGGACCAAAAAGCAGUUAAACGCGAAGGAGGCGGGCGCUAUUAUACAAAUGACAAUUGAAUUUAUAAAAGAUAUGGACAUGAAGAUGCGCGAUGUAUACAGGGUGGAAAAAAUAUACAUCAGGACAUACGAUUUCGGCGCCGGAAAAAUGUACCAGGACCUUGAAACGUAUUUUGAUCACAUGAUUUCGUUGUACAGGAAUACUUCCAAGAUCAAUAAGGUUUAUGGGCCAAAUACAGACUUGAGAAGUGACAUUGUUGGGUCUCUUCAGUUCAUGUUGAGCGACUAUUGCCAGUUUCUAAGCACGAUGGAUAAUUACAAGCAGAGAUACAAUCUCUUCAAAGUGCACGGCAGGACGUGGGAAAUACGAGAUCGCAUCCAGGCUGCGCUUAUACAGGACAACCAAUAUCCUUACGGCUAUACGACGCCUUACGGGUGGACAGGAAAACCACUCCCCGGUUACAAUGAUGAUGGCCAUAGUGAAAAGUAACUAUAAAGCUUAUUUUUAAUCAUUAAACAAGCGAGCGAAACGAAGAGAAGUUCUUACCACGUUCUUACUAUCAACUAAUUAGCGGGACCCUGCUGGCCACAAAUAACUCAGGACAGAGAAAAAUGGAAAUCUUUAGAGGAGGUCUUCACCUUCACGUAAGAGGAGGGGUACGUGCAGCAACCAAAAAAAGAAAACACAUAAUAUAUAAUUCAUUUUACUUUUUUCAAAUUAAUUUUAGUUUUUUCUCACCUUAAAAAUGUAAUUGUUCUUUGCAUGAAAUAAAAUGCUUUUUAUUUUA